CGAUCGCCAGGAGCAGGGUUGGGCAUCCCUGCUGUAGUUCAAACAGUUGAGCAUUGACUUGAACCACAGUACACAGUAUGUGCAGGGACUGGCCUUGUGCACCCUGGGCUGCAUGGGCUCAUCCGAAAUGUGCCGUGACUUAGCUGGAGAAGUGGAGAAACUCCUCAAAACGUCAAACUCCUAUCUGAGGAAAAAGGCAGCUCUGUGUGCAGUUCACGUCAUCCGCAAAGUCCCGGAGCUGAUGGAGAUGUUCCUGCCAGCAACAAAAAACCUGCUCAGCGAGAAAAAUCAUGGAGUUCUCCACACGUCUGUUGUUCUGCUCACUGAAAUGUGUGAGCGAAGUCCUGACAUGCUCUCUCACUUCAGGAAGAAUGAGAAGCUGGUUCCACAACUUGUACGAAUCCUGAAGAACCUGAUCAUGUCAGGCUACUCCCCUGAGCACGAUGUGUCUGGCAUCAGUGACCCUUUCCUGCAGGUACGGAUAUUGAGGCUACUGAGAAUUCUGGGAAAGGGUGAUGAUGAUUCUAGUGAAGCUAUGAAUGACAUUCUUGCACAGGUUGCAACAAAUACAGAAACAAGUAAAAAUGUAGGCAAUGCUAUCCUCUACGAAACUGUUCUUACGAUUAUGGACAUCAAAUCUGAGAGUGGACUAAGGGUUUUAGCAAUUAACAUUUUGGGACGUUUUCUUCUCAACAAUGACAAAAACAUCAGAUAUGUGGCAUUGACCUCUCUACUGAAGACUGUGCAGACAGACCACAAUGCUGUGCAGAGACAUCGAAGCACUAUCGUGGACUGCUUGAAAGACCUUGAUGUGUCCAUUAAAAGGCGUGCAAUGGAGCUGAGCUUUGCCCUGGUUAACGGCAACAACAUCCGGGGCAUGAUGAAAGAGCUUCUGUAUUUCCUGGACUCCUGUGACCCUGAUUUCAAAGCGGACUGCGCGUCAGGGAUCUUCCUGGCUGCAGAGAAGUAUGCACCCUCCAAAAGAUGGCACAUAGACACCAUUAUGAGGGUUUUGACAACGGCAGGGAGUUAUGUCCGGGAUGACUCUGUGCCCAACCUCAUUCAGCUCAUUACAAAUAGUGUAGAGAUGCAUGCCUACACUGUACAGAGACUCUACAAAGCCCUCCUGGAUGACAUCUCUCAGCAACCUCUAGUACAAGUGGCAUCCUGGUGCAUAGGAGAGUAUGGAGACCUGUUGGUCUCAGGCCAGUGUGAGGAGGAGGAACCCAUUCAGGUUAGUGAAGAUGAGGUCCUGGAUGUUUUAGAAGGUCUUCUCGUUUCUAACUUGUCCACCCCUGUAACGAGAGGUUAUUCCCUGACUGCUAUCAUGAAGCUGUCCACCCGUUUCAGCAGCAUGAAUCGAAUUAAAAAAGUGGUGUCGAUAUACGGCAGCAGCAUAGAUGUGGAGCUGCAGCAGAGAGCUGUGGAAUAUAAUGCACUUUUCAAAAAAUAUGAUCACAUGAGACCUGCAUUACUAGAGCGCAUGCCUAUUAUGGAGAAAACAGCCACUAACGGCCCAGCAGAGAUUGUCCAGACCAAUGGAGAAACAGAUUCAACCAUACUGGACACAAAACAUCUGCCCAGCAUCACUCAACCAGCCAGUCAGGCAAAUGAUUUAUUAGACCUACUCGGAGGUAAUGAUGUGGUACCUGUUAUCCAAAUAACUGUUCCCACAAAGCCUGCGUCAGCUGGAGGAGAACUGCUGGAUCUGCUGGGAGACCUUUCUCUGACAGGUGGUCCGACUCCCACCCCUGCUCCCUCUGUGACCUUGUCCCAGCACCCUUUCCUUUUGGACGGUCUCGCCUCGCAGCCCCUCUUCAAUGACAUUGCACCGGGCAUUCCGCCAAUGACGGCGUACAACAAAAAUGGUCUAAAAAUUGAGUUCACAUUUGAGAGGGCCAACCCCAAUCCCAAUAUUGCAGUUAUUACCAUCCAUGCCACCAACUCCACCGAGGCUGACAUGACAGAAUUUGUGUUCCAGGCUGCAGUACCAAAGACAUUCCAGCUGCAGCUCCUGUCCCCCAGCAGUAAUGUAGUCCCAGCACUCAACCAGGGAAGUGUCACGCAGGUCAUCAGGGUUCUCAACCCACAGAAGCAACAGUUGCGAAUGCGGGUCAAGCUGACAUACACUCACAAAGGCUCUCCUGUACAAGACCUGGCCGAGGUCAACAAUUUCCCCCCUCAGUCCUGGCAGUGAUUUGCUACCCUUCUCAAUCUUAAAGACCCCCAGCAAGGGAACUAUGGGAAAGAUGUCCCCUCCCCAUUCCCAAAUGAUCCCCCGUGACAUCACCACAGAUCGCUGCCCUG